CCUUCCUCUCUUUUUCUUUCUUUUUCUUUCGCGAUGAGCGAGACUCCGUUCGACGCUCACACCCUUCAAAACGAGCCAUUAGACCAAUCAGACGCGCACCAUGUUGAUGUCCAGGAAGCCGAGAAUGCGUUCCACACCCUCUCUCGUAGGCUGACCAGGAGGCACAACCACUCGACUACGAGCCGGGAGUACGAUCCCGAAAAGGCUGCACCUUCUGAUGAAGAACCGUUCGACCUCCGCGAGUAUCUGUCUUCGUCUAACGAUGCCAAUGAGAAAGCAGGCAUCAAGCAUAAACACGUCGGUGUCACAUGGGAGGAUCUUCAAGUGGAGAUUGCAGGCAGCGCAUUUACCAAGCUCACGCUCCGCCGCAGAAACUCCGGUGUCUUGAAGCCUGGCGAAAUGUGUCUUGUUUUGGGAACUCCCGGAUCCGGUUGUGAUACGUUCUUGAAGGCGAUUGCCAACCAACGAGGUCUUUUUCAUCGCGUUUCUGGUGAUGUUCGGUAUGCCGGGAUUAGUGCAGAGGAGAUGGGUCGUUACUACCACGGCGAACUCGUCUAUAAUGCUGAAGACGACAUUCACCUCGCUACGUUGACUGUCGAUCAAACGCUCGAUUUUGCGCUGUCCACUAAGGCUCCCGGUUCAAGAGGCCGUCAGCCCGGUGUUUCCCGUGCUGGUUUCAAAGACGAGGUCAAGGCCACGCUCUUAAAAAUGCUGAAUAUCUCCCAUACUGCUAAGACCCUCGUUGGUGACGCGUUCGUCCGUGGUGUCUCUGGAGGUGAACGCAAGCGUGUCAGUAUCGCGGAGAUGAUGGCCACGCGCGCGCGUGUACAAUGCUGGGACAACUCUUCUCGUGGCCUGGAUGCUUCCACGGCUCUGGACUUCGUGAAGUCCUUGAGAGUGAUGACAGAUGUACUCGGUCAGACGACUUUUGUGACACUAUAUCAAGCUGGUGAAGGUAUCUACGACCUUUUUGACAAGGUCAUGAUCCUCAAUCAAGGACGACAAGUAUAUCUCGGAUCCCCAUCAGAAGCCCGAGCUUGGUUCGAAGAGCUUGGAUACAGGUCUCUUCCUCGUCAAAGCACGGCUGAUUAUCUUACUGGUUGCACCGAUCCCAAUGAACGCCAAUUUGCGCCGGGCCGCUCUGAACUAAACGUUCCGUCCACUCCCGAAGCGCUUGAACAAGCAUAUCUCGCGUCGAAAACUGCAAAGAAAGUCCGCACUGUGCUCGAGGACUAUAAGCGGACUAUGGAGACUGAGAAAAACGAUCAGGAGGCGUUCCGCGCCUCGGUCGCAGAUGACAAAAAGCGCGGGGUCUCAAGGAAAAGCCCCUAUACGCUCAGUCUCUUCGACCAGGUUAAAGCUUUGACGCGUCGUCAGUUCCAAGUUCGUUUGCAGGACAGGUUUCAGAUCUUCACCAGCUACGCGCUUUCAACCGCUCUGGCUCUCGUUAUUGGAGGCGCUUUCUUCAAUUUACCGCCAACCUCUGCCGGCGCUUUCACCCGUGGUAGUGUUAUAUUUGUGGCUGGCAUGACAUCUUCCUUCGAAACAUUCUCAGAGCUUCCGAUGCAAAUGCUCGGACGACCUCUCGUUGCGAAACAGAAGAGUUAUGGGUUCUAUCGACCGGCUGCUAUCCAGAUAGCCAACACUCUCGCUGAUAUUCCGUUCUCUGCGACUCGCGUCCUAAUCUACGACAUCAUCGUCUAUUUCAUGCCCCAUCUGUCUUACUCUGCUGGUGGUUUCUUCACCUUCCACCUCCUCAACUACAUGUGUUUCCUCACAAUGCAAGGAUUCUUCCGUACUGUCGGUCUGAUGUGCCCCAAUUUCGACACCGCCCUCCGCCUUUCCGUCUUUUUCUUCCCAAACAUGGUCAUCUACGUGGGGUACAUGAUCCCCGUAGACCAGAUGAAACGGUGGCUCUUCUGGAUCUUCUACCUCAACCCCUUCAGCUAUGUAUGGGCUGCCUGUAUGGAGAACGAGUUCAUGAGGCUUACGUUGACAUGUGAUGGAACAUACGUCGUUCCCAGGAAUGGCCCGGGAAUGACCAAAUAUCCCGACACUCUUGGUCCCAAUCAAGCUUGUACUCUCCCCGGUUCUUCUCCUGGAAGUAUCUUCGUUGCCGGUCGCGAUUACGUGCGAGCAGGAUACGGCUUAGACGUGGCUGAUCUCUGGCGCCGUAACUUUGUCGUUGUGCUCGGCUUCAUGAUCUUCUUCUGGAUAACCCAGGUGAUCGCAAUCGAGUACUGGCCGCAACCGAUCGGCGGUGGAGGUGUCGCUUACUUCGCCAGAGAGUCUAGCGAGCGGAAGAAAUUGAACGAUGCCCUCCGCGCACGCAAAGCUGAGAAAGCCGCUCGAGAACGGGAGGAGAAAGCUCGCGCAAUCGAAGGGACCAAGGAGACGAGAGAUUUGAGCAAAUUUUCCGACCGCAAAGUCUUCACUUGGGAGCGAGUUAACUACCACGUCCCUGUCGCUGGCGGUACGGCUCAACUUCUCACCAAUGUUUAUGGAUAUGUACGACCAGGAACACUGACGGCACUAAUGGGAGCAUCGGGCGCUGGCAAAACUACCUGCUUGGACGUUCUUGCACAAAGAAAGAAUAUCGGUGUAGUUUCUGGUGACAUAUUGGUAGAUGGGAAGCCGCUUGAUUUCGAUUUCGCCCGUGGCACUGCAUAUGCCGAACAGAUGGAUGUCCACGAAGGCACUGCAACUAUUCGAGAAGCUAUGCGCUUCUCAGCAUACCUCCGUCAACCGAAAGAAGUACCGAAGGAGGAAAAGGACGCCUAUGUCGAGGACAUGAUCGAACUUUUAGAGUUGCAAGAUCUUGCAGACGCGCUCGUUUACACUCUUGGAGUCGAGGCUCGCAAACGGUUGACUAUCGGUGUCGAGCUGGCUAGCAAGCCUGAGCUCCUUCUCUUCUUGGACGAACCAACGUCUGGUCUUGAUGCUCAGAGCGCUUGGAACUUAGUUCGGUUCCUGCGCAAACUGGCUGAUAACGGCCAGGCGAUAUUGUGCACCAUCCAUCAGCCUUCAGCUCUUUUGUUCGAGAGCUUUGAUCGUCUUCUUCUUCUUGCUCGUGGCGGAAACACGAUCUACUUCGGUGACAUUGGUGAGGAUGCUCACAUCAUGCGAGACUACUUUGCUCGUAACGGUGCUGAGUGUCCACACAACGUCAACCCUGCCGAAUUUAUGUUGGAAGCAAUUGGUGCUGGUGUAACGCCCAGAAUAGGUAACCGUGAUUGGAAGGACAUCUGGCUUGAGUCUCCAGAGUGCCAAAGAGCCAAGGAUGAGAUCCUUGCUUUGAAGGAGCAGGCAAUAGCGCAUGCUACACCAAUGUGGUACCAAUUGAAGGUCGUUGUGGAUAGGAACACUCAUGCCCUCUGGCGGUCACCAGCCUAUGUCUUCACUCGGCUCUUGUCCCACCUAAUGGUGUCGCUGUUGGUAUCGCUACCAUUCCUCCAACUCGGGCAUAGCGUCAGGGACCUUCAAUAUAGGGUGUUCGGAAUUUUCUGGACGGCUAUCCUACCUGGCUUGGUCAUUCCUCAACUGGAGCCUGUCUUCAUCAUGAAUCGGAUGACCUUCGUCCGAGAAUCAUCUAGCAGGAUCUACUCGCCAUACGUCUUUGCUAUUGGUCAAUUGCUCGGAGAGAUACCCUAUUCGAUAGCUUGCGCAAUAUUUUAUUGGGUUCUCAUGGUGUAUCCGAUGGGUUUCGGCGACGGCUCUGCGGGUACCAAUGGCACUGGCUUCCAGCUUUUGGUCAUCAUAUUUACAGAGCUGUUCUCUGUUACAUUGGGUCAAUUCAUCGCCUCCAUUUCGCCCACUAUCCAGGUCGCUGUGUUAUACACACCCUUCAUCAGCGUCGUACUCAACACGUUCUGCGGAGUCACUGUGCCCUACAACACCUUGAGCCACUUCUGGAAGAGCUGGAUGUAUCAGUUGGAUCCGUUCACAAGGAUGGUGGCAGCCAUGCUGUCGACUGAGUUGCAUGGUCUUGUGAUCACUUGUAAACCGGAGGAGUUUGCGCGCUUCACUCCUCCUUCCAAUCAAACUUGUCAGGCUUGGGCGAGCGACUUUGUUACUGCACUCGGUGGAUAUUUGGACAAUCCUAACGACACGUCAGAAUGUCGCUACUGCCAAUAUCAGCGCGGCGACGAAUUCUUCCUCCCCCUUAAUAUCCGCUUCGAGAACAGGUGGAGGGAUGUUUGGAUUUUCUUCUGCUUCUUCGUCUUCAAUUUCAUGAUCACCAUCAUUGCUUCACGCUUCCUCCGCUUCGCAAAACGUUAAAUCCACGGACUAGGUGGUUCCGAGAUCUAGACAAGAUACCAUUCAUUCGAUACUAUAAUGAUACGAGUUUAUCGCAUGUUUUCCCCCCUUUUCUAUCGCUCCACGAAGAUCACUCGCACUUUUCUCAUUUCGUAUUUACAAUAUUACUCGCGAAUGACGACUACACAUUAGCUG